AUGGAAAAGCUUGUCGACUCGGGCAAGGCGCGUGCCAUCGGCCUCUCCAAUUUCAACGUCCUGAAGACAAAGCGAAUCCUCGAGGUCGCUCGGAUCAUUCCGGCUGUCAACCAGGUUGAACUUCACCCCUUCUUCCCGCAGCGAGAGCUAUUUGAGUAUUCGGCCAAGCAUGGCAUCCUCCUCAUGGCCCACCAGCCCCUCGGAGGGCGACCGGUCGGGGUUGUUCGCGCACACCCGGAUGAACCAUUCCCGACUGAUGAUCCCACGGUCGUUGAGGUUGCUCAAAAGUGCAAUAUAUCUCCAGCUCAGGUGUGCCUUGCCUGGGCGAUUCAGCGAGGGAUACCGGUGGUCCCGAAGUCGGUGCAGGAAGUCCAUAUGACGCAGAAUCUUCAGGUGAGGAAGCUGCCCGAGGAUAGUUUUGAUGCAAUCGAGAGCAUCUCAACGCGCCGGGGAUUGAUUCGAUUCCUCAACCCCGGUCCGCAUCUGGGUUUCGAUAUCUUCGACGAGGAGAACGACCAGCCACCUGUGCAACGAGCGAGCCGGGGCCGCUGUGCGGUGGGGUUUCUCACACGCAGCUCCGUACAAUUGGCGGUUCUUCAGGCGCUCUUUCGUCGCAAGCAGGGGGAUGCUGACUACUUCACGCGUCGUCUCAGCUCGCAGAAAGACCAUAUUUCCGGAUUCCUUCCUCGUACUGGAACCGGCAACGACAGACCGUCGAGAUCCUUACAGAACGGCUUUCGGACCAACACUGUGCCCGAGCCCAUCCCUGUUUCGCUUGACACUCUUGAUAUCUCGGGCGACGAGAAAGGACACCUUGGUCUAGUAACCCUUCACAAUCCACAGCCGCCAAUCGUACCGGUCACCGACAUCGUUUUCAUUCACGGCCUUGGAGGGGGCAGCCGGAAAUCAUGGUCCUAUUCAACCGACCCCCGUCACUUCUGGCCGCGUUCCUGGCUGCCGGCCGACGAUGAUUUUCGCGAUGUCCGGGUUCACACAUUUGGUUACAAGGCCGACUGGGGCGAGCGACGUCACAGCGUGCUAGAUAUCCACGGCUUCGCUCAGUCGCUUCUCGGCGCGUUGCGGAACCAUCCAGGCAUUCGUCGAACAAAUACCCGUAUCGUCCUUGUCGGCCAUAGCAUGGGCGGUUGCGUCGCGAAGAAGACCUACAUUCUCGCACGCCAGGAUCCUACCGCUGCAGACUUCGCGGGGCGGGUGCAUUCGAUGUUCUUCCUCGCGACUCCGCAUCAUGGAUCGAAUCUCGCCACCAUUCUAGAGAAUAUGUUGAGCGUGGCGUGGGGGAAGAAACCGUUUGUGACAGACCUGAUGCCCAACUCGGCAGCGCUUACGGCUAUCAACGAUACGUUCCGCCAUCUUGCGCCCGAGCUGCGCCUAUGGUCGUUUUACGAGACCCUUCCUAUGCGCGGCGCCGGGGCGAUGAACCGGAUUGUGGUUGACAUGGUCUCCGCGACUCUGGGGUAUCAUAAUGAGGAAAUUGCUGCGAUGGAUGCCGACCAUCGCCAGGUUUGCAAGUUUGACACCCCGGCAGAUCCAAACUAUAGGAUGCUCCGGAAUGCCCUCCUUACUGCUGUGGAUCUAAUCCGGAAAGCCAAAGUGGCAGGCAUGGAUCCUGUACGCCCAGAUGACGCGGGGCUCAGCCAUUUAGUAGCACCCACCAACCCGUCAAUCUCACCGGCCGAGGCCACAUCGCUUCUGCGCUCCUUUCUCGGCAUCCAAGAGUCACCAGAAGGCGAUCUUGCGACGCUCCAGGUGCUCAAGCAACCAGGAUCAUGCGAGUGGUUUACAGAAAGGCCGGCCUUCUCCUCCUGGAAAGAGGGGACCGCACCGGGAAUUCUUUGGCUGGUUGGACGACCUGCAACUGGGAAGUCGGUUCUCGCCAGCCAUAUCAUCGAACAGUUGCAAACCCCGCACGCUUACUGCAGCUACUUCAUCUUCAAACAUGCCAAGGCCGGCGACUCGAUGUUGGGCGAUUGUUUUCGCUCCUUGGCGUAUCAGAUGGCAAUGCAGGAUGGUAUCAUUAAGGACGCACUUCUGCAGCUCGUGCAGGACGGUUUAACCUGGGGCCAGACUGAUGAUGCCAGCGUUUGGCGACGUCUCUUCACUGGCUGCAUAUUCAAACUACCGAGCCUCGCGCGGCACUUCUGGGUUAUGGACGGCGUGGAUGAGUGUGCCAAUUCUAAUGCGCUGUUCACGAAAAGGUUACUGGCUACGCUCCCGGAAAAUCUUCGACUCUUUGCGACCAGUCGUGACCUGGAGGAGAUCGAACGCGGGGUCACAUCGCUUGGGCCCAGGCGUGCCAGCAUGCAAGUUCUGUCGGAUACUGAUACCGCUGAGGAUAUGCGACUGUUCCUUAUCACGGGGCUUACUGAGCUGGGCCGACCGGAAACCCCUGAAAGCCGCGAACUCAUGUGCAAUAGCAUUCUUGAGAGGUCUUCCGGCUCCUUCCUUUGGGCCCGGCUCGUGUUGCAAGAGUUCCAAGAUGCGUGGACGGAGGAAGCCAUGGAAACUGUAUUAAGCGAAGUGCCCGCUGACCUCCAUCAAAUGUAUCUCCGGAUGGUGCAGUCGAUCGAGCAAGACCGGCGUAAGCUGCUGCUCGCCAAGUCUAUCUUGACCUGGGUUGUUCUGGCCUCCCGCCCCUUGACGACCGGCGAACUGAGGUGCGCCGUUAAACUCGACACUAAGCAAACUCUGCAUAACCCGGCCAAGGCCAUACCAGAUUUAUGCGGCCAGCUCGUCUUCAUCGACAAACAAGAUAAGGUUCUGAUGAUACACGAAACUGCCCGAGAAUUCCUCCUGGACGACACCCUUGAUUUGGUGCUCUCGAUUCACAAACAGGAUGACCACACACGACUGGCUUUGUUGUCUCUAGAGUAUCUCAUCAGCGGCGCUCUCAAGACUACGCAGGACAAGCCGCAGCAAAGCAACGUCCGCUCAAAAGGGUUCGCAAAGUCUGGGACUACUGCCUCAACGGCCGUCGAUGUUUCUCUGCUAGACUACACGUCCAGGUUCUUCUCGGAGCACCUAUACCGAGCUACCUCGUCUAAUCACGAUUUGAUGGCUAGCCUAUCGAAUCUCCUUAGUACUAACAAUGUUCUUGCAUGGAUUGAACAUGUCGCUAAGGGCGGGGACCUCGCACCACUUCCGCAGACGGCCAUGAACCUGCGUGAAUACCUUGGACGGAGAAUGAAGUACGUACCGCCAACUGACAGAUCGGCCCAACUUGUGGAUGGAUGGGUAACAGACCUCAUCCGCGUGGCUGCUAAGUUCCGUGCGGAACUCUUGGCCUGUCCAUCAUCCAUCCACUCCCUGAUCCCAUCCUUAUGCCCAUCCGAAUCGAGGAUUGCGCGGACCUUUGGGCUAGGUGCUCGGCAGUCACCCGCAUCAUUUGGAUUCGCGGUCAACGGCCUCCCACCGGGCUCCUGGGAUGAUUGCCUGAUCCGGAUGGACUUUCAGAAAGGCCAGACCACAACUGUCAGUCACGGCGAGGGUUUCUUCGCCAUUGGGCUGUCUACCGGCCAAAUAUCGCUCUAUGAUCCCGACUCCUUACAAGUUAUACGCCAAUUUAAGCACCCUGAACGUGUCCGACUUCUAGCUUUCAGCCAGGAAGAUUUCUUCUUAGCUUCUUGCGGUGCCAAAAACCUAGUAGUAUGGGAUCCGAAGGCCGGCACUGCGCUCCAUUCGUUUCCUCUCCGGUCCACGGCAUUGGCUAUCACGUUUCUGGGGCUGGAUGAGAUCUUGGGUGCCUUCCAGUCAAGUGAACUGACAAAGUGGGACCUAGCAACUGGCGAACACCAAUCGAUUUCGUGGAAGGAUGGGGUAUCCCAGGGCUACCCGCCCGCACAGAGCAUCGUGCCCAAACAUCCCCCAAGUCAUGCCGCGUUCCUUGCCAUGAGUCCCGACGAGGUUCUUCUAGCGGUCGGAUACCGCGCCCACCCUGUGCUGAUUUGGAACGCUCUGGAGCUCCAGCUGCUAGGCACAUGUGAGCCUGAUAUCACAAACAACGGACUCAACGGGAUUGUCUUUGGCCCGAAUCCAGAGGUUCCGGCGCUUGUGGUAUCAUACCAGGAAGGCAGUCUCUGCGUUUUUGAUUACAUGAACAUGGAGAUGCAGACCCGGCGCCCAGAUGUUUACGCCACUAGCGUCUCGUGCUCCUCGGACGGCCGAACUAUCAUUACCGGCAGCGGCCAGGGUGGGAUCGAGAUUUUCGAACUCGAGGAGUCGGAUCACGGGCCUAGCGUCACGCUGAAGCUCAUAUACCGUUCCAACCACCCCCUAGAUGAUUCGAUCCGGGGCGUCGCAUUUAGCCAUGACGCGCUGCGCUUCAUUGAUGUGCGCGGCCGGCAAGGAAGGGUCUGGGCGCCGGCCGCGUUGGCUUCUAACGGGAUGUUGGAAACACGUGGCAGCCCCAAGAUUACGAGCGCCCUGGUAUCGUCCGCGGAUGGCAAAUUCGUGAUUGCUGGGAAGUCCAAUGGGGAUGUGGUAGUAUUUUCUACGGCGGAUGCCAAACAGGUGAGGGUCCUUUGCCAACAUGCGCGGGGGACAUCCAUUAUCGCGCUGGCGCUCGUGGAGUCUCGAAACCUUGUCGUCUCUGCCGAUGAUGCUGGGCGGGUUCUUGUUUCCGAGCUGCAAGUCUCUCUAUCCAAGCUCGGAACGUUCCCGGGCCCGAUAGCUUCCAUUAUCCUGGACCAACGCUUCGGAGGUGCUGUUGUCUCUGUGCUCGCCAAUGCGGCCGGGGACAGAGUUUUCGUGCACGGCCGGUCCGAAGACCAAGUUUGGGCGAUUUCGUCUGGGGAAGCUGUCCUGUUUGGAGACCCCCCUGACACAGCAAAUUCCUCCGACCCUGCGCAGUUCAGUUCAAAACUAAAUGCACAGGACAAGGCUACUGCGGCGGGCACCUGCCUGCGGUCCGUCUUCCAGCACCCCACCAACCCAGGGUGGUUCGUCAUCGUCACGCGAGAUCUCGCCCGGAUAUAUUCCUGGGCCGAUAUCGCGGAACUCACGCCGCCGGGCGGCAUCCAACUCAUCCGAGAAUCCACCUCAACCGGUGCUUCUGUAACAUCCCCGGUAUCCUCAGCGUCCCCAGCGUCCCCACAAUCCCCUCCGAGCAUCUCCUGGGAAACCGCAACAUCCACUUACCACACCGGCCCCAACUUCGUGAUCGAGCUCUUCCGGCCCACGCCAACUUCAUCUGCGCGCUUGUACCUCUGGCCGGCCGCCGAGCUGGACCCUAACUCCGUUACCAGCAGCACCACCGGCCAAGCCCGGCCAGCGAGCGAACGCAACCUCGACGCCAUCGGCUCCGCCGUAUCAUCCAUCCUGCGCGUUGUCGGGCCCUCAACCAUCUACUUCCUGGACGUCAGACUCUGGAUCUGCAGCGUCGAGCUGCAAUCCGUCGUCAGCCCUCCCGGUGCAGCCCGGACCACCGGGGGAGUUGGCUUUGGCGCGGUAAGCCCAACACUGUCCGCCGUCUCGCCCCCUUCCUCCGCUUCCCUCGUGUCGCCAUCGCCGUCGUCGUUGUCGUUGUCGUCGUUGGCACCUUCUUCCUCUUUCCGGAAUCUCUCGGGGCGCACUGCGCGCCCGACUCCCACAGCUUUAACGUCGGCCCGCCCUCAUCAUCAUGCCCGCCGGCAUUUCUUUGCGCUCAGCGAGUGGCGCACCUGGGGUGGCGGGGGUGAUUUGCGAUGUGUGAUGGCGGCUGAACCGGUGAUGACGACAACCACGCCGGGGCGGGUAAUGGGUGUGACAGCGGCAGGGGCCGGAGGAUCAGGAGGGGGUAAGGAUGUGGUGGUGUUUGCUGCUGGGUCUGGGGUGGUAGUUGUUCAGGGAGGGCUGGAGUUUGUGGAGAAUGUUGUUGCGGCCGGGGCGGGGGCGGAGACUGGGGAUUUAGCGGAUGGGGUGGUUGAACAGAGGGCUGAUGCUAGCAUGGGUUGUUCUCUUGUUGGGUUGACUCCUUGGAGGGUGGUGUCGGGGAGUAUGCACCGUCGGGGUUCAGGGUGGUGA